CGCGGUCGCGCGCGCACACUUUCGGUUAUUGUUUCAUGAGAGCGGGGCUCGAGGAGGCCAGUAACUAGCGCCCGAAAAUCACUACAGUAAGCGUUGUAAAACUGCAGGUAUGGCAGCAAUCAGGAAGAAACUGGUGAUUGUGGGUGAUGGAGCAUGUGGGAAGACAUGUCUUCUCAUCGUGUUCAGCAAAGACCAGUUCCCCGAGGUCUACGUGCCUACUGUCUUUGAGAACUAUGUAGCUGACAUUGAGGUCGAUGGCAAACAGGUGGAGCUGGCUCUGUGGGAUACGGCAGGUCAAGAAGACUAUGACAGGCUCCGCCCGCUCUCUUACCCCGACACUGACGUUAUCCUCAUGUGUUUCUCUGUUGACAGUCCUGACAGCCUGGAGAACAUCCCAGAGAAGUGGACUCCUGAGGUCAAGCACUUCUGCCCCAAUGUUCCUAUCAUUCUUGUGGGCAACAAGAAGGACCUGCGCAAUGAUGAGCACACACGACGUGAGCUUGCUAAAAUGAAGCAGGAGCCUGUAAAGCCAGAAGAAGGACGAGACAUGGCCAACAGAAUCAGUGCUUUCGGCUACAUGGAGUGCUCUGCAAAGACGAAAGAUGGUGUGCGGGAGGUCUUUGAAAUGGCCACCAGGGCGGCACUGCAGGCAAGAAGAGGGAAGAAGAGCAACAAAUGCCUUCUGUUGUAAACUCUGGGAGAACUGUAGUGGGGACCUGGUGUCCUCCUGCUGGAGUUGGGAGGGGACAGAGCAGGAGGCAGGCGGGUCAGCUCCUGCCCACCCUCCCCCAUCCUUCACGCACCCACUGACUUGGGGCUUGCCACAAUGCAUUGCUUAAUAGCAGAACUUUCUUUUUCUCUACCCCUUUUUUUUACUAAUUUCUUUUUAAGUUGUAUGUUUUUCAGUAUUUAAAAGGGGGGCUACAUGGAUGAAGUUGACACUUUUUUGUACGUUACCUGUAUCUGUGAGUCUGCCAUAUUCCCCACUGGUUUCACUGCCAAAUGCUGCCGCCCUCCAUGGUCUGGAGAGGAGGCUUGAAAUCCUCAGUAGAGUACUGGAUAAACUUCUUAAGAAAGUUUAUGUAAGAAUGGUUUUUAAGAAAACAGUUUGAAAGAUGGCAUAACACAACAGAUGUGUGUACUAAUAGGGAAAUAUGUUGAAUGCAGAUGUUACUGUAUAUGGAUACAAUAUGCACAUAAACACACAAACUCACCCAUCAAUAUGUAUACACAUGCACUUGGACACACACGGACACAACUGGAAACUUUGUACAAACUAGAGAUGUAAUAAAUGACUUCCUU